UGAUAGUGACGCUGGAAACUGUUAGAAACAACAAUCUUACGCAACUCAACAAACAAACCUUGACUUGAUAACCACCACAACAUCAUCAACGAAUUAGGGCUUUCAAUCUUGACAUUUGAAACCCUAGACCUGACCACCUUCACAAUCCACAAAAUCUUCGAAAGCCUUUCAAUCAAACAAGCUAGGGUUUUGGAAUCUCCCACAAAUGGCGAUCCUCAGCGACGCCCUUCGUCAAGUCUUCAUGCCGAAGCACGAGUACGAGUGCCUCCGCGACGAAGACAGAGCUUGGCUUCGUCUCCAAAGGCCUCUCUUGAUGUCUGCUUUGGCAUUCGUUUCUCUCUCAAUUGUCAUCUCUAUUUGGAUUAGCUUCAGCAUAGUGUUCCCCGCCGCCCACGGCGGCGGAAAGCGGCCGUUCUGCUCCGUUUUGCGGUUCCGGUCCCUGUCGAUUAAUGGCAGCGCAGGCGGUGGGGAUUCGGAUAUUUUUUCGGGAGCUUUUUAUCUUACGGAUCAAGAAACUGUGGAUUAUUACUGGAUGGUUGUGUUUGUUCCUUCGACGUUGGUUUUCUCCAUCUCUGCGGUCUAUCUUGUAGCAGGGAUUACUGUUGCUUACACUGCUCCAACAAGACAUUGGUGUUUAAAGGUUGUUGAGAAUAACUAUUGUGCCUCAAAAAGGGGUGGAGUGCGUUGCUUAUCCAUUCUAAACGUUGUGUUUGCCAUCAUUUUCGGUCUUCUGGCAAUAUUUCUUGGUUCAAGCCUCCUCACACUAGGGAGCAGUUGCUCCUUGCCCCUGUUUUGGUGCUACGAGAUUGCAUCAUGGGGUUUGGUCAUUCUAUAUGGGGGAACCGCCUUCUUCCUCAGAAGGAAAGCAGCUGCAAUUCUUGAUGAAAGCAAUUUUGCAGGUCGGAAUCUUGGGUUAGAAAUGUUGGAAGCAAAUCCCAUGGAAGUCACGCCAGAAAUGGAGAGGCGUGUUAAUGAAGGUUUUAAAUCAUGGAUGGGGUCGUCUUUUCUAUCCUCUGACGAGGAGGAUGAACCUGAUGACUAUCAGGAAGUGCCUCAUCCAGUCCGCACAAACUCAAACAGGCAACAAGUGUGAUUGUACCUCUUGGCCAAUUCUUCUCAACGUAGUAAUUGCUGUAAGUUUUCCUGACUUUUCGGUUUCACCAGUGUUAGGAGUUCAAUUCUGGAACGCUGAAGCCAACAAUUUUAUGAUGAGUUAGCUGGUACAUACGUAUACAUGAAGGGUAUCGAAUGAGCAGGCUUUUGUAAUGGUCCUAGGGUGUAGUUGUAGUUUUUGUACAAAGUUUAGUAGUGGAAAUAGUAUAUUCUUUUUUCUCUCAUCGCUACAAGCCUAAUCCAUCUGAAGGGAUAUCAUUUUUGUUCUCUA